AUGUUCUCGGACUGUCUGCUGAUCAUCGUGAUAGCGAUCGGGACGGCGCUGGCGGGUGAAGGGCUGACAUGGCUGCUCGUCUACCGAAGCGAUGAGUACAAGCGGUUAAAGAACGACAUGGAGCGCAAGACGAAGAAGCUCGAACGAAAGCGGGAGGCCGUCACCGACGCCUUUGAGAGCAAGACGGCCAAGCGAAAGAUUGACCGCGAGGAGGAGAAGUUGAAGGCCACCAACCGCGACAUGUCCAUGUUCAAGAUGAAGUCGAUGUUCGCCAUCGGUAUCUGCUUCACGGCGCUCCUUUCAACGUUCUCCUCGAUUUUCGAAGGCCGUGUGGUCGCCAAGCUGCCCUUCGUCCCGAUCUCAUUCGUCCAGGGGCUCAGCCACCGCAAUUUGCCUGGCGAUGACAUGACCGACUGCUCGUUCAUCUUCCUCUACAUCCUGUGCACGAUGACGAUUCGCCAGAACUUGCAGAAGAUGCUCGGCUUUGCGCCCAGCCGCGCAAUGAACCGCCAACAAGGCGGCGGUCUCUUCAGCCCACCCCAGCAACAGGGCCAGUUCACCUACUUCCGA